AUGUCUUCACCUAGCUCUCGCCUUUCGCCCCAGACUCCCGCCCAGCAACAAUGCAAAGACCUCAGGCGCAAGGCCAGCGCCAUCUUCGACAACGCCGCGGCGUCCGACGAUGACAAAACUGUUAUCGUGCAAAGGGCCGUACGCGAGACGAUGAAGCCUGCAGUCGCAACCAUCGUCAAGUUUGAUGCACAAGGAAGACCGGUCGCGGUGCGAUGCGGCGUGGCGAUGUGA